AUGGCCCAAGCUCAGCAGUCCUUUCAGCUAUUUCCCACUGUUCAGCCCCAAAACCACCCGCCCAGCGGCCACCCCAGGAAAGGCCACAGAAGGCGAACCACAAAGUCACCGAGUGUGUCGCCAGUGAUCGAAGACGUCAAGGCCUCGGGACAAACUGAGGCUGUCAUUCUUCGAAUUAUUGAAGAUACCAAUAUCAUUGUGCCGCCUCCGCCCGCACGAGCCCCAAGAUCACGGUCGCCGGCCAUCGCGUCAAAGUCCGUUGGGAUAUGCUCGGCUAUCGUUACGCAGGAGUCGUGGAGUGGGACUCCUUCUCCCCCCCAGGUGUCAAGAGAGCAAUCCCCGUCUGGGAGUGUAGUCGGGAACCCACAGGUUAAAGCCAGAUCAUUUUCCGCACCUUCUCCAGCUCCCAGCUCCAUGCGUCCCCGGACACCAAUCACGCAGCAAAACGGAAAGAUGGGGACUGCAGAGUGUACGCCUAAUAACAAAAAUCCCUCAUCUCCUCCGUUUUCUCGCUCAGAAUCACCAAAUUGCGCAUCAAGUGCGUCGGUUCCCUCAGCUAUUGAAUCUCCGCCGGACGCCAAGAAAUCCGCUCCUCCGCAGAUGAAGUCCAUAUUCCCUGUCUAUGACCCUAACGUUCCUCUCGAUAAGCAAAAGUAUUAUCCUCACCGCUCAUCGUCUCUCCCACAAAAUGUCAUCCUCACAGCUGAAACACCGAGUCCGCCGUCAAUUCCUGUUGUCCCAAAGGUCAAUACCUGUCCAAAACCUUCAGGAAAUGAGCGAGGCCCUUUUGUAUCGUCGGAUGAUGAUCUUGCCAGGCUCUGGGAAGUUACCAAUGGGGGAGUGUUCGGAGCUAAUCUAGGCACGUUCCAGUUACAAAUGCAGAAGGUCGAUGCACACACCUUUGUGCUUGGAACUCACUCUACUCCAUUCUACACUCUUCGGACAAAUCCUAUGAAUGAUCUCGAGGUUCAUAGGACCCAUCCCAGCGAACCGAAAACAAAGUCUUCUAUUGUGGCGUUAAAUAUUGGUGAUCUCAGCGGCACAGGCCCCACGGGGAUAGCGCUCACCUUGUUUCCCAAGCUGGCUGAAAUCCUAACAAGAAAAGAAGCCAUGGAGGUAGCACGACGGAAUCAACUGUCUCCUCAACGGGCUAUGGAAAUCGAGAAUGAAGCGGUGGUGAGAUCGGAAGCCCAAAAUUCUUGCAUUCUUGAACUACAACCGGCGCAAAACCAAUACAAUCUUUAUCAUGCAGUGUUAAUUGGAGAUGAAAUUCUUCCUGCCGCGAGGUUUGCAGUUUCACGGCCACUCAAAGAGCAGUCCGGACUCCUUCACGCAAGUGUUUUAAGAUCAUUACCUAACACGAUUGCUACCCGUCAAUAUCCCAAAAUACAAAUUGCGGCUCCCGGGCACAGUUCAAACCAGGAAAUCCCGUUGGCCUCCCUGGACAUGGAAACUAUGGCGUUAUCUAUAUCUGCUGAACGGAUACUCUCGACGGUUCCCUCAUUUUACGCCAUUGACACCAUUGUCGCCGCGAUCCUGACUGUCGCAAUUUCCAACGAAACUUCGAAAUCAGUCCUUGCACGCAUGAACACCAGGCCUUCCAAACCAAACGGCUCCCCUGACCGGAGAGGCUCUAUGACUUCGCAACAUACUGUCGGCCGACCAGGCAUCCAACUCAUCGCCACCCAAGCUGAGCGUGAGGAAGUUGAGCAAGAAGCCGCAUUGAUGGAACAAAUUCGCUCCGAACCUCGAUCCCAAGGCAAAGCAAGAUUCUCUCUCAUGAGCAUGUUCACCGGGAAGCUAGCAAGCGAUGAAGCCGCGGAUGUUAAACCCAAGCAGAAGAAUAAGAAAAAGCCGGCUGCGAUCGAGGACAUUGACCUCGAACACUACGGUGCAUACCGAGAUAGCAAGCGUGCCGACGAGAAACUUCCUGGACUGACAAGAGCGCUGCUAAAGGGUAUCAUUUGGGUAUUCUCGACAAUAGUUUGGGUUUUGACAGUGGGAGUAAAAUUUAUCUCUUGUGCGGUGGUUACAGUGACAAAAUGUGCGACACGCAAAAAGCCUUGA